AUGGGUGGUGGCAACGGCCAAAAAGCCAAGAUGGCGCGGGAGAAGAAUUUAGAGAAAACGAAAGCUUCCAAAGGAAGCCAGUUGGAUUCUAACAAAAAAGCCAUGAAUAUUCAGGAAUGGAAACUUUUACGCAUAGCCAUAAGCAUCGCGCCUACCUCAUCCAAACUUUUUCACUGCCACGCAAGCUUGUACGCAAAAUACCGCGCUCCCCGCCGAGCCGAACUAUCCACUGCUAAGCACUCUCUUGCUGGACACUUAACGUGA